AUGAUAUCAUAUUUUAAGGUAGUAGUUUUUAUAAUAUUUUUCUUUCUAUUUCUAAAAAGAAGAGUAAUUUGUUCCAUUAAUGAGAGUAAAAAUGUGAAUGAAAAUUUAAAUGGAGAUUCAAAUCCAAAUGACAAUAUAAAUCAAUUAAAAUCUAUGAUUGGAAAUGAUGAACUACAUAAGAAUUUAACGAUACUAGAAAAACUUAUAUUAGAUUCGUUAGAAAAUGAUAAAUUAAAAUCCCCUCUAGUAAAACAAGAAACCGACAAGUAUUUGGAUUUAUCUAAAUUUAAAAAAAAAAGCAUAAAUGAUGCAGAUGAUGAUAUAUAUAUUGUACCAACUAUACAAUCAAGUUUUUAUGAUAUUGCAAAAUAUGAAAAUUUAUUAAAGGAACAAUCAAUAGAAUCUUAUAAUGCAAAUAUUUCAGAUUUAAUUAAAAAAAAAUUACUUAUUGUAAGAACAUUAAAAACUAUAAAAUUGAUGCUUAUACCAUUAAAUUCUUAUAAAGAAAAAAAUAAUUUAAAAAUUGCACUAGAAGAAUUAAAUAAAGUAUUUAAAAAUAAUAUAAAUCAAUCAGAAAAAAAGCGUUUAUUGAAUAGCCAUAGCGAAACAUUCAGAAAUAUUUUAAAUGUUGUUGAUGAAGUUAAUAAAUCAAAUGAGAUCAUAAAUAAAGGUGAAGCUAUAAUUCUUGGAGAUACUAAAAUAGAUCUAAUGAGUACAAAUGACUUUUUUUUUACAACCAACAGUAAUAUAAAAUUUAUGGAAGAAUUAGAUAACAUAUCAAAUCAAUAUGGAUUAGGUUUAAUUACCCAGCUUGGUCCUCACCUUAUAGCUCUGGGACAUUUUAUGAUAUUAAAAUUAGCACUUAAAUAUUAUGAUAUAUACUUUGAACUAAAAACAGUAAAAUUUUUUAGUUGGCAAAAAAUAUUGCAGUUUAAUAUGUCAGACAGGUAUAAAAUACUUGAUAUUUUGUGUUUUCAGAAUGCUGUAUAUUAUUCGGAAAAAAAGCGUAGAAAAACCUAUAUGAAAGUUGAUAGAUCUAAUACAAAUAUGGAAUGUAAUAUCCUGGAAUUUUUAAUUCAUUUUUUUAAUAAAUAUCAACUGGAAAUAAUUAAAAUUACGGAAGAUACGGAUUUCGACUUACAUGGUAUGAUGGAGCACAAACAUAUAAAAGAUGGAUUCUUUUCAUAUAUAUGUAAUGAUCCUAAAGAAUGUAUUAUCUACCAUACGAAUCGAUUUAAAAAAGAAAAGGAUGAGGAAGAUACUUUCGAAGUACAAGACACUAGUCACAAUAUUAGCGCAUACAAUUUAUACUUAAAUUAUUACUAUUUUAUGAAACGUUAUAGUUCUUACGGAAUGAAAAAAACUACAUAUGUUCAUUUAUUAAAUUUAACUGGACUUUUAAAUUACGAUACUAGGGCUUAUGUAACAUCACUUCAUUUACCUGGAUAUUACAACACUAUAGAAAUGUCAUUUACUGAGGAAACAGAACUUCCUACAUUAUUUGAUCAUUCUUUGGAAUGUAUUAGAAAGUGCUAUUUAGAUGAAAGAUAUGAAUAUACCUCAUUCAUGAAACAUAUUCCCUUAGAUAGUAAUUUUAUGAAUGAAGUAUCAAAGUGCAAUUUGUGUAAAGGAGCAUUCUUAUAUGCUAAUUUAAAAUUUGAUAAUGUUCCUUCCAUGUUACAAAAGUUUUACAUAUAUGUAACUCAAGGUCUUAAGCUCCAAAAAGUAACAUCAUUAGUUAGAACAUUAGAUAUUUAUCAAGAUUACAGUAAUUUUUUAUCUCAUGAUGUUAAUUGGUAUACAUUCUUAUUUUUAUUUAGAAUUACAAGUUUUCAAAAAAUUGCACAAAAAAAUGUGGUUGAAUCUUUGUAUUUAAAUUUGAAAGACGAAGAUUCAUUUCAUAGAACUGUUACUACAUGUUACUGGUUUCCAUCACCCAUAAAGAAAUAUUACACAUUAUAUGUUAGAAAACAUCUCCCAAAUAAUUUAUUGGAUGAAUUAUUGAGACAAAUGCGUAAAUCUACAAUAGAAAAGAUGAAAAAAUCUAUCACGUUUUUAGUACAUGUUAAUUCAUUUUUACAAUUAGAUUUUUUUCAUAACCUUAAUGAAGCACCUUUUGGAUUACCCCGUGCACAUCCUUUAUCAUUAAUUCUUGAACAUAAAUUUAAAGAAUGGAUAGAUAGUUCCCCUGCAGGUUUUUAUUUCUCAAAUUAUCAAAAUCCAUAUAUAAGAAGAGAAUUACAUAAUCGAGUAUUAGAUCUGAAGUUCGAACCACCAAAAAUAAAUGAAUGGAAUAAAGUUUUAAAAAGAAUAAUUGAAUCUGCGUAUGAAAUGUAUUUUGAACAAAGGCAUGUUAAAAGUUUAUUUAAAUAUCAUAAUAUUUAUAAUAUAAAUAAUAAAAUAAUGCUAAUGAGAGAUGCAUAUGAUAUAUUUAGAAAGAAUGUUGACGAUAUUUUAUUUUUUGCUGAUAUAAUUAAUAUCAGAAAAUAUUUAACAGCAACACCUUUAGUUAAAAAGGGUAUGGAUAGAAUAUUUUAUGUUAUUCAUAAUAUUUUAGGAAAUUCUGUAAAUUAUUAUAAAUAUGGUAUUAUAUAUGGUUUUAAAGUAAAUAAAGAAAUUUUGAAAGAAGUGGUAGAUGAGCUCUUUUCAAUUUAUAAUUUCAAUACAGACAUAUUUACGGAUAUAUCUUUCUUGCAAACUGUUUAUUUACUCUUUAGAAAAAUAGAAGACACUUACAAGACUCAAAGGAGAAACGAUAGAAUGAGUAUAAAUAACAUAUUUUUUAUGAAUGUUGCAAAUAAUUAUUCUAAAUUAAAUAUGGAACAAAGGGAAUUAGAAAUACACAAUUCGAUGGCCUCAAGAUUUUAUUCAAAAACAAUGUUUUCUGCCUUUCAAAUGUUAUUUUCUACAAUGUUGAGUAAUGAAGCAAAUCAUCUUGAUAAGGUUUAUGGAAAAAGUGGUAAAAUAGGUUUAGCAACAAGUGUUACUGCAUAUCUUACUUUUGCUUAUGUAUAUAAUGGAAGUAUUAUGGAUAGCAUAACUAAUAGUUUAUUACCACCAUAUGCUAAAAAACCAAUAACUCAAUUAAAAUAUGGAAGAACGUUUGUUUUUUCAAAUUAUUUUAUGUUAGCAUCUAAAAUGUACGAAAUGUUAAAUUAUAAAAAUUUAAGUCUUUUGUGUGAAUAUCAAGCUGUAGUAAGUGCAAAUUAUUACUCUUCUAAAAAGGUAGAUCAAUUCCUUGGUAGAAAAUUUUUUCCUCUUACUACAACAUUCCUGAUUAAGAGAAUAAGUACAUCAAUUGAUCAUAUUAGUGGAGGCAAAUGGUAUAAUUUAUUUGGUUGUUUGGGUAAGGAUCCCCCAGCAUAUUUAUAUUUUCAUUUUUUUCUUAAUUUAUAUUUUGAUUCUGGAAAAUAUUUUCCUGGAGGUUUUUCGACUUCUUUAAGAGAACAAACAGAACACGUAAAAAAAAAGGGUUUUCCUAAAAAACCAUCGGUUCAUGGUUUUACACAGAUGGUGUUUUUGCAGCUUACUAAUAUAGUCAUGUAUGCCCUUUGUUUUAUGAGCCUUUCACAAAUAUAUGCUUAUUUCGAAAACGUGAAUUUUUAUAUUAUAAGCAAUUUUCGUUUCCUUGAGAGAUAUUUUAAUAUAUUCAAUAAAUACUUUGUAGAACUAUUCAGAAGAAAACUUAAAGAGUAUACAAGUGAUGUACUUCUAAAAUACGAGUAUGAAACUUAUAUAAAUAUAAGAAAACGUGGUUAUCUUGAUGAGGCAAUGGAAGCUAGAAUUACAGCUAAAAAUAAUGUAAAGGAAUAUUUAUAUGAUAAUGAUGAAAAUGUUAUGAUUAAUUUAAGAAGAUAUGCUAUGGAAAAUAUGCAUAAAAUUAAUCUGUCGACAUAUGUAGAUGAUUAUAUUUAUUUUGAUGAUUGUGGUAAAAAUGAGGAAUUUCUAAAUGAUAGAUGUGAUAUAUGUCCUGUUUAUGAGGAAUCCGAUGAAGAUGAUCAAAAGGCUUUAUCGUCAAAUAGUAAGGCUAUAACACAAAUAAAAAGUAAAACAACGACAUAUAUUGAUUAUAAAAAAUUUCCUAAAGAAGUUUCAACAAAAAUAUCGGAAGAAGAAAAUAGUGAUGAUGAUAUGAAUUUAACUGACAACGCACUGAUGAUUACAAAAAUACCUGAAGAUGAAUAA